ACAAGUGGCUGCGGUCUGCAGCACAAACCCAGACGCAUGACCAAUGAGCUCUCUCUUGCGCGCCGUACCCAGAUUUCAGUUGACAGCGAGCAUCGGUGUUAUACGCGCGACUUUAAAGCUCAGCAGCUCAGAUAAGUUGGUGGCCAGAGUGGAGACGGUGCAGGAUGAGAAAGAAGCUGCAAGGCAGUGCGGAUGCUUAGCUUUCUGAGGACGCACAAGCGGCGCUCCGUGCCAUUGCGCGCAACUUCUCCACUGCGUGCAAACGCACCGAAGCCGAAUUACAGAGUGGACUUUCUUGAGCAGGAACAAACAUGGCUAUACUCAUUAGUUCUUUGAUUAUUUUCACAAAGUUCCUGCUUUAUUUCAAACUGACAUAUUGCAUGGAGGUCGAUUUCUGCAUACCUGUCCGUGUGGAUCACCAAAAGCAUGACAAGCAUUUGAACCGGCGCGCGGAGCAGAUAAAUGAAAGACAGAUAGUUUUUAGACUCAGUGCAUUCAAACAGGAAUUCUACCUCCACCUCACACCGGAUUCUAGUUUUCUUGCACCGGGCAGCUUGCCGCCCGAGAGCGGCUCCUCAGCAUCCAACGACUCUGCAGCCGCUGACUUACGGGACUGCUUCUACUCCGGUAACGUUAACGCGGAGCCAGACUCCUUCGCUGCUCUCAGCCUGUGUAAAGGUCUCCACGGGAGUUUCUCCUAUGACGGCAUGGAGUAUUUCAUCAGCCAGACCAGGACUGAAGACGCAGCAGUCGCGUCUGGAUAUGGAAACUCUUUCGACAGGACGCAUGUCAUCCGCCGCCGGAGACGCGCUGCGCACUCAGGCGGCAACUUCACCAGCAGGUGUGGAGUUACACCUGACGCCAACUACAACAUUUCCCUGGAGAAAUACAAGCACAUGAGCGAACUGGAGAUUGAUGGCUUAACUGAGACUGUGCUAAAAACUUUGGGGAGGUCCAAGAGGUUUGCCUCCAUCCCCAGGUUUGUGGAGGUGCUGGUGGUGGCAGAUGAAUCCAUGGCUAAAUUUCACGGGGAUGACCUGAAGCAUUACCUCCUGACCCUGAUGUCGGUAGCAGCCAGGCUUUACAAGCACCCCAGCAUUCUCAACUCCAUAAACAUAGUGGUGGUGGGCUUCAUGGUGAUAAAUGAAGCUGACAAGGGACCUAAGGUUUCCAGUAACGCAGCCCUGACUCUGCGCAACUUCUGCUCCUGGCAGAAGAAGUUGAAUAAACACAACGACAAGCACGCAGAGUACUGGGACACUGCCAUACUGUUCACCAAACAGGAUCUUUGUGGGGCCACGACCUGUGACACGCUGGGCAUGGCUGACGUUGGGACCAUGUGUGACCCAAAGAGGAGCUGCUCUGUCAUUGAAGAUGACGGCCUGCCUUCUGCUUUCACAACUGCUCAUGAACUUGGCCACGUCUUCAACAUGCCCCACGACAAUGUGAAGGCAUGUGAGGAGGUAUUUGGGAAACUAAAGGACAACCACAUGAUGUCUCCCACGCUGAUUCAGAUCGACAGGAGCAGGCCCUGGUCUGUGUGCAGUGCAGCCAUCAUUACCGAGUUCCUGGACAGAGGUCAUGGCGACUGUCUGCUGGACCAGCCUCAAAGGCAGCUGUCUCUCUCAGACAACCUGCCGGGUUCCAGCUACAGCCUGCACCGCCAGUGUGAGCUCGCCUUUGGCCCCGGCUCCAAGCCCUGCCCGUACAUGCAGCCCUGCUCCAAGCUGUGGUGCACGGGGAAGGCCCGUGGCCAGCUGGUCUGCCAAACCCGACACUUCCCCUGGGCGGACGGCACCAGCUGUGGCAACGGCAAGGUCUGCUACCAAGGAGUCUGCUCCGAUAAGAACAGCACCAUGCACAUCAAGGUGGAUGGGCGAUGGGGGAAGUGGGGUGCGUUUGGAGACUGCUCCCGAAGUUGUGGUGGAGGAGUUCAGCUGGCCAAGAGAGACUGUAACAACCCUGUUCCUGAGAAUGGAGGCAAAUACUGCUACGGCCUUCGCAUCAAAUAUCGCUCCUGUAACCUCAACCCUUGUCCUGAAACAGGUAAGAGUUUCCGUGAGGAGCAGUGUGAGGCGUUCAAUGGCCUCAACCUGAACACCAACAGGCUGGGUUCCUCUGUGGUUUGGGUCCCCAAAUAUUCCGGCAUCUCUCCCAAGGACAAAUGCAAGCUCAUCUGCCGUGCCAAUGGCACCGGGUACUUCUACGUGCUCGCUCCAAAGGUUGUGGAUGGGACACCCUGCUCUCCUGACACCUCAGCUGUAUGUGUUCAAGGAAAAUGCAUCAAGGCAGGCUGUGAUGGCAAGCUGGACUCCAACAGGAAGUUUGACAAGUGCGGCGUGUGUGGCGGCGACAACCAGGGCUGCAAGAAGGUCUCAGGAAUGUUCACCAAACCUAUUCAUGGCUACAACUUUGUGGUGAUGCUGCCCGUUGGAGCUUCCAACAUUGACGUCCGUCAACGUGGCUACCGAGGAAUGGUCAGCGAUGAAAACUACUUAGCGGUGAAGAAUGGGCAAGGCAAGUACCUGCUUAACGGCAACUAUGUGGUGUCAGCCGUGGAGCGUGACCUGCUGGUGAAGGGCAGCUUACUGCGCUACAGCGGCACUUCCACAUCUGUGGAGAUUCUUCAGGCCACCAGACCUCUGCAGGAGCCUCUGACUGUGGAGGUGCUCUCAGUAGGGAAGAUGACCCCUCCCAGGGUGCGCUACUCCUUCUACAUCUCCAAGGAGAGCAAGGAGGAGAAGACUCUGCGGAAAGAGGAGAGAAGCCACGCAGCUCAUAAUAGUGUCUUGGCGGACAGUAAUAGGGUAGAGGCCAAGAAGCAGAUGAUGGGUAAGAGGCCAGUCAGUCAUUGGGUGACAGGAAGUUGGGAUACUUGCACGGUGACUUGUGGGAAUGGUCUGCAGAAGAGACUGGUGCAGUGCCAGAGUAUGGAGGGGCGUCCUGCAGUGGACUGUGACAGUGCUGACAGGCCUGUAGCAGUGAGAGCAUGUGGGGAUCCAUGUCCCAUGUGGGAUGUAGGGGGCUGGUCUCACUGCUCCAAGUCCUGCGGAAGGGGCUUUAAAAGGCGGCCAGUGCGCUGCAUGACCGAGACUGGUCUGAAUCUACCCAGAGAGCACUGCUCUGGAAGGAGGAAGCCUCAGGAACUGGAUCUCUGCAAUCUGAAGCCAUGUUAGAGCAGAAGAGACACAGCCUGAGGACUUCUUUUUGUCAGUCAGGUGAAGAUUUGAGAUGAACUAGAACCCAAAUCAGCAUGAUAAUGAUCCCAUGGCUGUGUUGGGUGAAAAUACUCUCAAAUGCAGCCUGACCACGUCUGAAGGGACGUCUGCUACACGGAAGAAAGCCAAUGGAGACAGAGAGGGUCUCCAUCCAUUGUUUGAAAAGACAGACAUCUGUUUGGAUGAGAGAAAAGAAGAAAAGCUGUCUUCACGUAAACUGUCAAACCAUCUGCCUCAGGUUUGACUCGUGGUUAGUCUACCUCUACCAGGAAAGAUGACACAGUGCCUGAGCAUAUACAGAGAGCAACAGAGGAGGAAGAUGCAGAGACAGUGAUCACACACAUCUGCACACAAACAUAAUUUCUUGGUAUAGUAAAUGUGCAUGGCAGAAAGAAAUGGAAGUCCAGGACAAACAGAUAAAGCUCGCUGACGUACAACCUCGGCGAUCACACUGUGCAGUUAUCAGAAGCAAAUAUCUCACCUGUGAAUUGACAUUUUUCUCAUGUUACUGAAGAACUAAUCAAAAUGUGAACACACAGUACUGUAUCAUUCAUGCAACAUUCAAGACCUGAUUGAUCCAUGCAGUUUCUAUGCCUUUUUAUUCCAUUGUAUUUUUUUCUUGAGUCAGUGCUUUUGGCUGUUGUUGGCUAAUGUAGAAUAAUCAAAGCCAGCAGCUGAUCUCACUGCCAGUCAGAGUCACAUCAUGGCUUUACAAGUUAUUCAUCCUUCCAAAAUGACAAACAGUCAACAAUAUAUCCAACACACUUGAUUCACUCCUCAUGAAUUUGAUCAGUAUCAAAGAAUUCCUUAAUGUCACUCAUGACCAAAAAAAGUAAAAAUAUUUUUUAUUAAAGUAAAACUAGUUUAGAGCUAAGCAUAUUUCAUGCAGUGAAUGUAGGCUAUUUGUAUGGUGCAAUCAUAAUGUCCGCUGCGUCUAAACCAAACCAGCCAAUGCUCAGCUGUUUGUUCUCUGUUGCCAAAGAAUUAUAACCUUCAAAGCAGCCUUAGUAUUGUGAGAGACACCUCUCUGAUUAAACUUUUUUUUUUUUUGUCUUCAGCAUGCAUAUCUGCUCUGCACACGUGAUGGUUCUUAUGAUAUCCUACGAAUUACGACCCCACAAAUGAUGUUACAAACUUGACGUAAAGUUAAGGAGGUUAGGCUUAGGCAGGUAAAGUUACAGUGGUUAAGUUUAGGAAAAGAAACACGAAGAAGAGGUCCCUCAAAAUGACUCAAAGUUCACACGAUUCUGAGCGCUGGUCUCCUGGGGGAAAGUCCUACAUUUUGUGACCUGCCUCCUAAUUGGACUGCUCAUGGGCCACUUCCUUAUUUACGCCCAUCAGUGCAUUGGUCAUGUGAUUGCAGCUUUCCAAAGUACGUGAGUUAUGCACCAAUUUCUGGUUUAUCAUUAUGUGGGACAUGUCUGAAUUUUGGUGCAUUACUUUCCUUAGGAAAAUGUAUCAACAGUGCACGAGAAGUUGGCUCUGUAAAUCACUUGUGCUGUGUUAUCCGUUGGGUAAAGAAUUAUCCCUUUAAUAUUCACAGUGGUGCCCCCUAGCUUUGCAUUAAUUCAAUUAAUUUAGUCUUGUUCAGUAUCCAUUUAUGUAGAUAAAGAUCUUAUUUCGAUACAGCCAAUCAAAUCUUUGCAUACAGCAGUAACGUCAGCUUUCUUUAGUAUUCUGCCAAAUAAAGUGAACAUUUGCUUUGUUGCUCUGGUGGUUGAUGGCAUUUCCUCAACAUUCACAGGCUUCUAUCUGCUGCGUGGCUGCUCCAUCACCUUUAACUCUUAAUGUCAUCAUUAUAUUGCCUCAGCCAUCAUAAUGUAUUAGGUGUGAUCAUUUUCUGAGGUGUUACACUCACUCUCAUCAGUGAACUGUUUCAGAAUAAGAAAUAUCUUCAAUAUGAAACACAUCCAUGGUGAAAUUAAAGGGACAAUCCACCCUAAAACACUUACUGUUGUACUUUGCAUCUUGGCAUUUUAUUUUGUUUUUUAAAGGGAUUAUUUUCAUUCCAUUGGUUAAAACUGCAUGUUCAACACAGCUGGAAAUAUGUGUGGUUAAAUAGCAACAUGUUCUUAAUCUCAACAGUUUGGUCAGUGGCCGUACACUUUCAACUUUAAUGCUCUAGGUACUCCUCUGACACCAGCUUUGGGUGCCCAUGGACGGCAUGCCAAUUCCCGCUUGUUACACACACUGUCUUUUCGAAAGUAAACUUCAAUUUUCACAAAAUAACAUAGAUUUUGUCACCAAAAGUACUUUAGAUUUAGGCAACAAAACCACUUGGCUUCGUUUAAUGAAUACAUGAUGUUUUGGGUUAAAAUAAAUAUGUCUGUUAUAUAACUUAAGUAAGUUAAUCAUGUGAUGCAAGAGAUAUAUGUCAACAACAAACUCAACGUUCCAUACAGGACACGUACAGCGGUCUCCUGGGUAAAAGUCCUGUGUCCACCACCCCUUCUUCCGUCAUUGCAGUCCACUCCCAUUCAGAAGUUAUCAAUACUGCUGCAUUGUCAGUGAUUUCAGCAUCAGACACUGAUGCCAAAAGUCACCUUUUAUGGCAGUAUGAUACGCUUCCAGGCAGCGUCAGUUUGUAACGUGGCCAGAUGGAACCUUUCACAACAUUAUGAUAGGCGGACCUGUGACAUCAGUUCAUAACGUGGCCGGAUGGCACCUGUCACAGGACAGUAUCAGUUUGAAUCCCUGCCAGUAUCGACAUCAUAUAAGGAGCUGGGAAGUCCCUACAGGGUGGGCAGGAGGGGUGGUGGAUGGGUCCAACAAAUCCUUGACUUUCACCCAGGAGGCCGGUGUUCACAUCCUGUAUGAAUGUUGAGUUUAACCAUGAUGUUUAUUUCUAAACCUAACCACGUGCUUUUGUUGACGUUGCAGCAUCAGUUGCAGAAUUCCAGAACGUCAACAGCAGAUGCAGGAGGAUACCUAGCAUGUAAUAUGUAGACGUGAAAGUCCACUGACAAAAUGGUGAUAUGUGACGACUUGGGAUAGGAACGCGUUGGUCAUUUCCUUGGGUGGGUUUACACUGGAGUUAGAUGAAAGCCCGGUGCAUCUCAUACACACCCUAAAGGGAGCCUUGUGCAUCAGAAUCAGACGCCGAUGGCCACUGACCAAGCUGCUGUAACUGAAGCUAUGAGAAUGAGAACAUGCUGUAAAUAGAAAGGGAUCAGCAGUCUUAAAAAUACUUGAUAAAUGUCCAGUUUUGGUGUCACACCCUGAGAUUUGAAGGGAAAGGGCGUCUGUCUGGACUCACUCAUUUUACAUGUUUACACUGCUCAGACAGAAAUUCACUGAGAGAAAAGAAUUUCACCAUCUAUGAGAUUAAAACCUUCAUCAUUCUUCAUUCUUAAGAAAACAACACAUGGAACCCAUAAAUCAUCACAGAGUAAUGGAUAACUGUUGUCCUUUAAGUGGAUGGCUACAAUGCCAACACAUCCUUCAACAGAAAAUUGACUUCACUCUUAAUUUCCAGACUGAUUUGGUUCAGAGGACCAACUGCACCAUCUAAAAGAUGGUAUUGUACAGUUAGUUUUGUUUUCUUUCGCAUCAUGUACAGAUAAUGUUAUUUUUUAUCACUUGUCUUUUGUAUUGUAUACUAUGUAUACAUUCA